AUGACCGACAUUCAGGCAAGACUUCUACCAUUACGGGUACUAAGACCAAUAAUAACAAAGAGUGAAUUACUAGAGAUUAUUGAAAAUGCCAUCCAAAAAAUCAAACUGAUUCCGCGCAUUCCAAUGGUUCCUACUGAUUUGCCCUUUACAUUCAAACGACUACAGUUUCCUGUGCGUCUUGCUUUCGCGAUGGCAAUCAACAAAGCCCAAGGGCAGUCUUUGCGCGUUGCCGGAUUAAAUUUAGGAAAUCCAUGUUUUUCGCAUGGUCAACUGUAUGUUGCUUGCUCCAGAGUAGGAAUUCCAAAAACUCUUUUUAGUGGACCAAAAGCUAUAAGGGUCGUAAAUAACGUGUCCAAUGGAGCUCGACCGGCGGUUGUGGUUUCGUUCAGGGGCGGCUUUCACUAA